AUGGUUAACGUUGGUAUUAUCGGUGUAGGAUUAGUUGGUUCCGAACUAAUCAAUCAACUGACCGCUCAAAUCUCUCGCCGCAGUCUCCCGCUUCCGUUAAAAAUAGUUGCUUUGGCCAAUUCCAAAGUACAACUACUAAGCAACACGAAUUACGAUGCAAUCGAUCUCGAUGGAUGGAAGAAACGUCUAAUAUCACAUGGGGUAUCGACUGAUUUAAGCGCCUUCACUACGUACUUGGCAAAAAGUCCUGAUGUAGCCGUAGUAGUCGAUAAUACAUCGAAUCAAGAUGUGGUAGAUUUUUAUCCAGAGUUUAUUAAAGCUGGCCUACAUAUUGUCACCCCGAAUAAAAAGGCGUUCUCGGGAGACUUGGGGUUUUAUAAAAAGAUCGUGGAUUUAGCAAGAGAGAAGAAAGUAUUGAUUUAUCAUGAGUCAACUGUGGGUGCUGGAUUGCCUGUAAUCAAUACAUUGAAAGACUUAGUGGGUACUGGAGACGAAAUUGUAAAAAUUGAGGGGAUAUUUUCGGGGACUUUGAGCUAUUUGUUUAAUAGCUUCUCGCCAACCGAAGAGACCGCUGGAGAUACCAAGACUUUUUCUGACAUUGUUAGAAUUGCCAAGGAGAACGGAUAUACUGAACCAGAUCCAAGAGAUGAUCUAAACGGUGUAGAUGUUGCCCGGAAGGUGGUAAUUCUUGGUCGGCUGGCGGGAAUUGAUUUAUCCCUGGACACACUUCCGGUUGAGAACAUGGUCCCAGAGCCGCUCAGGGCGGUUGCAUCUGCAGAUGAAUUUUUGACAAAAUUGCCGGAUUGUGAUGACCAUUUUGAUCAAUUAAAAAAGGCGGCACAAAAUAACAAUAAGGUACUGAGAUAUGUCGGUGCCGUUGAUCCUGUUAAUGGAAAAAGUUCUGUCAGUUUGCUAAGCCUUUCUACUAGUCAUCCAUUCGCUUCACUAAAAGGCAGCGACAACAUUAUUGCAUUUACAACGAAGAGAUUCCCCAAUCCUCUUAUAAUUCAGGGUGCUGGUGCUGGUGCUGCUGUUACAGCAUUUGGCAUAUUCUCAGAUUUGAUAAAAAUUGCAGAGCGCACAUCGUCGUAA